GAGAUCGUGGAAGUGAGCAAUGUGAUUCAUCAGAACCAUCAUGAAGACGCUCCAGGUCGGAUCCCAGAGCUGGCGUCGGAGAGUGCUGGGAUGGAGGCGGAGAAGUCGGUGGAGCCCUUGGAUCCCUUUCCUCCGGAGUCCUUCGACCUCACGGUGCUCCAGCCUCGGCUAAGCGUGGAUCCAACGCUGCUCCGAGGGAUUUCCCUGCGGAAGUCUCUGCGGAAGUUGGGUCGGAUAUGGAUGACCAAGCCGAGCCAGCUGACGGCAACAGAUCACCAAGUUCUCUCGGGCGCAUCUGUCAAGGUGGACCGCUUCGAUGUCUUCAUCUCGCAUACCUGGGAGACCUCCGCAAAGUUGAAGAUUUGGGCCUUGACCUUGCAGACAGGCUGGCGUUGCAUCGUCGUAUCUUGGCUGGUCUUCAACCUGCUCGCGGCAUUUCUCUGCAUCAACGGCUCCCUGCCCUAUCUCAACCCCUACUGGUUCACCCAGGGGUCUUGGUCCGGUUGGGUAGUCAUGAGCCCGUGGAUGCGCCUCGCUGGGAUUCUGAGCUUCGCCGUCGGCCUCGCUGUCGCCGCCUACUGGCCCAACUGGCCGAGAUCGGACCUGGCCUUCGUGGAUGUGGUGAGCAUAGACCAAGCGGACCCAUCGAUGACGCAAAGAGGGGUGUACGGCCUGGGAGGUUUCCUGGCUCUCUCUCGGGAGCUGAUGGUCCUCUGGAGUCCACCGCUUUUCACGAGGCUUUGGUGCGUCUUCGAGUUGGCCGCCUUCCGGAAAGCGAACCCGAGCGGGAAGAUCGUGCUGGCUCCGCUGUAUGUUGAGGUGCUCGUUGGCCUCAUCUUGCUGUGGCUGCUGUUCAUGCAGCUUUUGCACUUCUUGCUCUACACCUUCGUCCCUGCCUCGCAGAUCUUUGUGUUCCUGGGACUGCUUCCCAUACUUCUCUGCAUCCACCAGGCUCGGAUCACCUUUGGCCAGAAACGCCAGCUUCUGGCGAAUCUCCGAAAAUUUGAUCUGAGCCUGGCCUCCUGCAGCAACGACUUCGACCGGAGAUUCAUCUACGCCGGGAUCCGUGCAUGGUACGGCAGCUAUGAGGCCUUCACGGAGUACGUGAGAGGACCUGUCUUCCAAGAGCUCGUGUCUCCACUCUUGACCUUCCAGGUGCCGUUGAGAUAUUGGAUCCUCAUCGGUCUCUUUGAGAUGAGUUCACUUCUGGAGUUCACUGUUGCCUUCAUCCGAGGAGGAGCACCGAUAGAGACGGUUCUGUCUCAGCUCUUGGCGUCCGUCCUGAGCCAGGUUCUUUGGCGCCUCGUGUCGAUGCAGCUCGUGUUCUUCCUCUGUGAUCGUUGCAGCCUCUCCGGCUUGGGUUGCAUUGACCUCCUGGUCACUUUCGGGAUCUGGCUCCUGGUCGUGGCGUUCUUGUUUGGAUCCUUUCAGCUAACAGGUUUUGCGGAAGCAAAUGGCUUGGCGCUCUCAGCUGCGAGCGUUUUGCUGGCCGCAGUGGCGAGCUUCUUCUCCUUUGGUGGAUGCACCUGCUUGAUGCGGCGCCUCAGCCCCAACGGGGUUUCCUUCAAAUCCAAUGAUUCUCCUGUUCUUCACGAGAGGCAGGGCCCCAAACGGAGUUCCUCCAAACCCGAUGUUUCUCCUGCUCUGGGCGAAAACCAAGCCUAG